GUUGUGCCGCCUCAGUGCGUCCCGGAAAGUCAUCGCCAAUGCCGCGCUAUGGCAGUCGCGCCGAGCAAACUGUUGGAGAAGCCCCUGAAUCGUAUGCGUUGCUGCGUCCUGCACAGCCGCCCAGGACAAAGCUGCACACAUGCGUUGCUCUGGAAUAUCUAUCGCAAUUAUGUGUCCAGUGCGAAAUAUUACGCGCCCUUGUUGCUGCUGCCAUUGCUCUUGCAGUGGCGCAAGGCGCGUUCCAGCAGAACACUCAUCCACAUAGUUAAGAAUUAUGUGCAGUCCGUGAGCUUUGCUGCCUGCAUCAAUGCAUUCACAUUUUACUUCAUGUGCGUGUCGCGGCGUCUUCACGGUCGCUUUGUGUUCAUCUGUACUCCGUAUUUGUCCUGCUGGCUGGCCUCUCAGCUCAGCUGGUGGAUGCCAACGCAAGUGCUGCUCUACUUUGUGACUGGCAUUACACAUGCGGCCCUGGAGAGCCUUCUCCGUCACUUGGACGUUGGUCUGGUGCAUUCCCGUUAUAGUCAGACGUUGGUUUUUAUGCUGAGCUCCCUGGCGGUGCUGCACUAUCAGCAGGCGCGAAAGUAUUCUGGCUUUUGGUUCAUCAAGCCCACGCCCCUGCCUGAGGAUCACAACAAAUGGCCAGUGGCCAAGCGGCUCAGACGGAGUGCAAAGCAGCUUCAAACUUAUUUGGGCAUUGGUCUUGCAUUGGACUUGGGGCACGCCCUAAUGCGACAUAAUCUCAAGCAGAUGCGACUGCAGUCAACACGAUUCUUGGUCAGCUACAUUGGACUCUUUCAAUUUCUGCAAUUUCUAUUGCCGAAAAUGAAGCUGCAGCUGCGACACUCCAACGCUGUGGCGGCAUUUGUCAGUGGCGCAUCUUUUGCCCUGCUCAAUCGCAUGACCUUCAUGAGCUUUGCCGCGGUCACAGCGUGUCAGGUGCUCUGGCAGCAGUUCUGCGCACGUGACACUGGCGAAGACAAACUGCUGGCUUUGCUGCAGCAAAUACCCUGGGCCAAGCUGUUAAUACCCUGCAGUUUGGCCUAUUUGGUGCACAUUUUCUUUUUUCACGAAAAUAUACUCAACGGGCUGGCCAAGGACUUUAUAGACAGCACCUGCGAUCAUAAUGGCCAACGUUUGCUGAAUCUGAUGAAGCUGCCCAGUGAAAAUGUCAUACUAGCAACGGUCAAUAGGUCUCCAAAAACAUCAUUUUGGUUUUAGAUCUUAGUAGUGGGAAACUUUUGUACAGCAGCUGGAAAGUUAUU